UAUUUUGUGGAGUUACAUAAAAACAAAAUAAUUUAUUUGGUAACAAAAUAUUUUUGUACAAUAAGUGAUAACCUUUUGUAUGUAUAUAAUAUUAAAUAACCGUAUACAAAAUAUCAAAUUGGUGUUUGGAUAUCGUAAGGAACGGUCAAAAUAUGAAAGUCCUUAUAGUAUUUGCUCUCGUUUGUGUUUCCUUUGUAAUUUGUGACGUCACCAAAGAGAAUUGCAAAUGUUUUGAAGAAUUCUACCCUGAAGAAGAAUUUGGAGAGGUAAACUGUAGAGGCGAGAAAAAUAAUAGAUUAUUUGAAUGCGGUGAAGAAAAGCCUCCAGCAUGUAAGUGUUAUGUGAAAGGAGCCGAAGUUAUACUUGAUGUUGGUGAAACCCAUUGCGUUGAUGGCAUACACACCUACGAUUCUGAAAAUUGUGGACCAGCCAGCGAAUGGACGGCUUACUUCCAAAGACAUCCUGGAAGAGUGCAACUUUAUUCUGUUUUACCACCAAAAGUUCAGCAUAAAAGAAAAGAAAAAGUUACUUUAUAAGUUGUAGGUAUUUAAUAAAGUAUAAAGCAGUUAGA